GUGUUAUCGGUCCGCGCGCAACAGUUUGUGUCGAGGUGUAUUCCUUCGAAUCUGUUUUUCAAUACAGUUCCCAUUCAGUUUUUCUGUAAUAAUGGCGCCCACCGUUUUUCCUUGGGAAAACUUCAAAGCUGAUGAAGACGCACAAAUUUUAAAAGAAUCUUUGGACGGUCUAGGCACCAACGAAGAUGCUAUAAUUGAAAUUCUAGCUAAAAGAACAAAUGAACAGAGACGUCAAAUAGUCACUACAUAUAAGACAAUGUUUGGAGAAGAUCUAAUAGAAGAUCUUAAAAGUGACCUUGGUGGAGAUUUCGAAGACGUCAUUUUGGCACUACUUAAAGACCCUUUGGACUACCAAGUAGAAGAACUACAUAAAGCAGUUAGCGGUCUCGGUACUGAUGACGAUACCCUAGUGGAAAUUUUGGUUGUCCAUAACAACGAAGAAAUUCUGCAGAUAUCUGAAAGAUACCAGGAAUUGUAUGAGACAUCUUUAGAAGAUGACAUUAAAGGAGAUGAAUCCGGUACACUGCAGAGAUUAUUGGUGUCCCUAUCCACGGGUGGCCGGGAUGAAUCUGGAUUAGUUAAUAAAUCUGCUGCUGUUGCUGACGCACAGGCUUUAUACGAUGCUGGAGAAUCAUCUUGGGGAACAGAAGAAUCAGUUUUUAACUCGGUUCUGUGCCUGAAAAAUCCCAGUCAAUUGAAGCUUAUUUUUAAUGAAUAUGAAUCAUUGACUGGACAUUCCAUUGAAGAUGCUAUUGAUAAUGAAUUUUCAGGGUCAACCAAAAAUGCUUAUUUGAGUUUGGUGAGUUGCAUGAGAGAUAGAGCUACUUAUUUGGCGACGAGACUGCACGACGCUAUGGCUGGUAUGGGUACAGAUGAUAGAACACUCAUCAGAAUAAUUGUUUCCAGAUCUGAAAUCGAUUUGGAGGAUAUAAAAGAAGCUUACGAAACUAAAUACUCCAAGAGUCUUUAUGAACGCGUGUCGGAUGACUGUUCUGGAAAAUACCUAAAGACAUUGCUAUUAAUUAUCGGUUAAAGAAAACAGAGAAAAAGUUAUCAAUUCCCAGUAUCUUAUUAUAUUCAAUACAAUAUCAAGUUGUUAUAUUUGUUGGUUCGUUUAUUCAUAUUAGAAAUAAAAAAUAGUUUCUGCUUCAAUAUUGUUCUAUUUAAUAGUGUUAUUAUUUUUUUUUUAUUUUAGGGAGACUCAACCGGAAAAUAUGAAAACAUAUUAUUAGCAAUAAUAGGUUAUUAAAAUAUAUUCAUAAUUUCUAAUCUAAAACUAAUAAGUUUUCAUUAUAAAAACAGUUAUUUAUUUUUUCAUUUAAACAUACAACAAAAGUGUUUAGUUAUAUGUUUGUACCGUCUCAAUUAUCUCAGAAAAGACUUGCACGAUUUUUAUUAGUUUUGCUUCGUAAGCCAAUGUGGUCGAUAAUACGUUGAUAUUUACAUUGUUGUCGGAUAUUUCGUUUUUCUAAAAAUACAAUGGACUUUGCUAUUUCAGUUUGAUACAUAGAGAUAUUAUCGAUAGAGAUAACAAGUCAUAGCCAUCUAUGUACGUCCUACCGAUUUCGAUGAGAAAGAAAGAGACGGCCAGUCAGAGAUUUUUUGUUUUUGUCUAUACGCGCAGUUAGAAAAGGAUUACUCAAAUUUCUGAUUGUCUCUCUCGUACACGGCGACAGUUAUCAAACUUGCUUUUUGUCUAUAUCUGUAAUGUCUCUAUUGAUGUAUCAUGUCCUAUUUUUUGUUUUUUUUUUUUUCUAUAAAAUUCAUGUGAUAUAUAAGUUACCAUAAUUCCACAGUUAUAUCAUUUGGAAUAACCCGAAACAUAAAUAAGUAAAAACUGCUGUUGAUAUUUUUAAAUCCAAGAAACCUGCCCUGAAAAAAAUUAAUAUUUGCAACAAUCUGUCGAAUAUUAGCAGAUUUUUUAUGAAAGUUUUAAAGUCACCCCUCAGGAAAUGAUUUAAAGGAUUCAUUUCGGGUCAUUCUAUAAAACUACACCUUAAUAUAAUAUCAUGUAUCGUCAUUCAUUUUAUUACAAAUAUAUGUAGUAAAUAAUGAUACAAUAAUAAAUAUUAUCCAAGAUAAUCCAAUACUAAAUUACAAGAAAUAAAAUUUCUGCAUUAAAAUUCAACGGAAAAUAUUUGGAUUUAAUACCACCGAAGCAAAGUCUUCAAUGGAAAAGGGACCAAUUCUUUUAUUGCCCAUCGUUCCAUCCGAUACCUUAUACUUUGUAUAUAAUAAAUAAUAGUUGUGGGAUUCUUUCAACGAGGAAUUGCACGUGCUCAGUAUCCAUAAUUAUUUUUCUAUUUAUACCAAACGGACUUCAUCGCAAAACAUAACCUUGUUUAUUGGAAUUCUUGAAAUUUAUGAUCGUAUUUUCCUAUCAUUUGGUGAGAAAACUUUUCAAAGCUAUCGAAGUUAUCAUCUGUCAAUUCAUAAGCCCACCUUUCUCGGUAUGAAUGAAAUUUAUAAUCAUAUAAACUUCUAAUCUUCUAACAUUUUACAGACAUCUAAAGAUUUGUUUUCACCCCGAUAAGAAUAAACAGUUGACAACACUAUAUUGAGAACUAAUAGUUUAUGGUUAAGAUAGUGGGAGGUCGAGAAUUAUUAAGCAAGCAUAGGCAUCAUGAUAGACACGUCGAGCCUACCAAAUAUCCAUGUCGAAAAAGCUGAUCAGGAAUCUUAGCUUGAACCUUUCAGCUUCACUAGACAAACUCUAAGGCUUGCACAUAUGUUGAAACGCAUGUUUAAGCAGGGCAGUUGAUUGUCAAGACAAGCAGAAGGUUCAUCUAUAUGUGUCGUAGCUUGUUCCAUUGCAGUAUUUCCAUCCAUCUCUGUAAAAACUAUCUUCCUUUCUCAGAGAUACGAAUACUACGUUUUUUUGCUGCACCAAAAAUAGACUCUGAACCCGCUGAUCCCAAUCUAGCCAGCGAAUCAGCCUCGCCGUCGCCCAACAGACCUGUGUCUAAACGAGGUGGUCCUUGCAAUCAUCACUCACUGUUGCUUGAGAAGAUUGAGAUUACUGUGUUUAAUUAAGUGUCGCACGAACAAAUUCCAUCGCAGAGAAUAUUAUUGAUUCAUCCUGAAUAUCUGAGUGAAUUUAUAAGAUUUUUAUUGACUUCUACCUUCACCAAUAUCCUAAAAUAUCAAUUCUUCGUUCCACAGUAUUUUACAAGGUUUAUAAUAUAGUGCAAGUCGUUUGCAAAAUAAUUAAGGCAUUUCAUACUUGAAACUCCUUUUUUUAAACACUGCCAAUACUUAAUUUAAUCUAUAUCUAAUAUAAAAAUUGAUGCAAUUCGUAGAACAAAUCUUGACAAUAUUGUCAGAUUUUAGUAGUACAAACGUAGGGGAAAUGUGAAACAAUGAGGUUAUGUUAUAUUUCUAAUAUAAUCUACCAAACUACUACACUAUUUUUUAUUAGAUAUCUAAUUCGCUAGAUGAUGCAUUUAAAUUUCUUAGAGAGCCAGUGAAAUUAGCAGCAUACUAAUUCGUUGUUUGAAAUUGCAAAAAAUGUAAAUAACCAUACAUUUUCUAUCAACUAACAAAGCAUGUAGAUGUGAUUUUUGUUUUAACCAUCGCCUUUCUUCUUCUGACAAAUACUCCAAAAUAGUACUACUAUUUCCGUAUAUAGUUAAGCGACAAAAGUUGGUCUUUUAGUUUAUAUUUGGAGUUUGUUUGAAUUAUAACAAUUGAAUUCUGUAGAGUAACAGCUCAAAAAUAGUUCAAUAUUUUUUCCAUUUCUGAAAUGUUUCAAUUAUCCCACUUCUGAAUUUGAAAUUGGAUCAAUACCUUUUAGAAUCAUUCCAAUAUUUUUAGCAAUAUAUUUGAAAGUAAAACAUGAUUAGUAAAUAGUCUAGAGGUAUUUUGAACUAUAUAAAGCAAUAGUCCCAUUUCGGAAAAUUGUUAAAUUUGAUUUUUUUCAGAGUGACGAGUCUAGGAACAUCAGAAAGAUGCUUGUUGCGCUAAUUGAAUAAAUUUUAAGUAAAAUGUUGAUAAAAGUGCGCUUUAAAGUCACGAUAUGCUUGAAAUAAUAUAGACUGCACGAACAAAUUGCUAAUAUAUAAUACAUAAUAUUUCUUUUAGAUACAUAUACUUGUUAUUUUUUAUGUACUGCUUAUAUAUUUUAUGAAAAUUGUAUUUUAGAAGUUUGCAAAUGAAAUAAACGCAUAUUUCACA